UUGCCCAAAACGAAUGGGAUCAAGUUACAUAAAAAGUGUUUGCUCUUGUAGUUCAGGAAAUGUCAAUAUAUUUUACCUCGGGAGGAAUUUUAACUCAGUCUGUCAUUAGAUUUUAGAGACAUGAGUGGUUGCCCGUUUUGGGAGAACAAAUACCAGUUUAAUUUUAAUAAACUAUCUUUGGAUGAUGGAGAAGGUGACAAGUCACAAGAAGGGCUGAAUAAAGCGAGCAAAGGUGGCCUUAUCUAUGGAGACUACCUACAGCUGGACAAAAUAUUAGGUGCACAAGUGCUUCAGAGUGAAAAGAAGGGAAACAAAAUCCAUGAUGAGCACCUGUUUAUUGUAACCCAUCAAGCCUAUGAACUAUGGUUCACUCAGAUAUUAUGGGAACUGGAUUCUGUCCGAGUGAUAUUUCAAAAUGGUCACGUGAGAGAUGAGAGAAAUAUGCUUAAGGUCGUUGCUCGGAUUCACAGAAUUUCGAUUAUUUUUAAAUUACUCGUGGAACAAUUUUCUAUUCUGGAAACUAUGACAGCUCUGGACUUUUUUGACUUCAGAGAUUAUCUGAGCCCCGCAUCUGGAUUUCAGAGUUUACAGUUCCGAUUAUUGGAAAAUAAGAUUGGGGUUCCUCAAAGCCUCAGAGUGCCAUACAACAGAAGACACUACAGGGAUAACUUCAAGGGAAAGGAAAAUGAAGUGUUGCUUAAAUCCGAACAGGAGCCGACUCUACUGCAGCUAGUGGAAGCAUGGUUGGAAAGAACACCUGGACUUGAACCAGAAGGCUUUAAUUUCUGGGGGAAAUUUGAAGCAAAUGUACUCAAGGGAUUGGAAGAGGAAUUUGCAAUGGUCCAGGCCAAAGAUGACUCAGAGGAAAAAGAAGACCAAUUGGCAGAACUUCAAAAACAGAAAGAAGUCCUCAUUUCACUAUUUGAUGAAAAACGGCAUGAACAUCUUCUUAGUAAAGGUGAAAGAAGAUUGUCCUACAAAGCAAUGAAAGGAGCUUUAAUGAUCUACUUCUACAGAGAGGAACCUCGCUUUCAAGUUCCUUUUCAGCUUCUCACCAACUUAAUGGAUAUUGAUGUACUGAUGACUAAAUGGAGAUAUAAUCACGUAUGUAUGGUGCACAGAAUGAUUGGCAGCAAAGCUGGGACAGGAGGGUCAUCAGGAUAUCACUAUUUACGCUCAACUGUGAGUGACAGAUACAAGGUGUUUGUUGAUUUGUUCAAUUUAUCAACAUAUUUGGUGCCAAGACACUGGAUCCCAAAGCUGAACCCAACUGUUCAUAAAUUCCUUUAUACAGCAGAAUAUUGUGAUAGUUCCUACUUCAGCAGUGAUGAUUCAGAUUAAAACCCUCUCUGGAUAAAUAACCAAAAUAAACUUCAUCCUUUGAUAUUAUAUCUUAUACCUUAUAUACUGUUAGAUAAUGUAAGUUUAUGUUUAUGUAGGAAUGCGAGUGUGUAUUUAUGCACAAAUGCACUAUAAAAACUAAGGCAGGGUUGGACAACUGAAAAGAAGUAUGGAGAACAAUUUCACCCUUGUGACACCCCUCCUGUGGAUAGCACUUUUAUAUUUUGGGGCAAGUCAGCUGACAUUUGAGCUGUAAAUGAUUGGAAGUCUUGUUUUAUUCAAACAUUUUUAUUUAAUUUAUUGCACAAGAAGGCAGUGUGGAAAUUAAGGUAUUCCUGAUCCUCACAAACCUACUUCUGAUAUUUGUGGGGAGCGGGUCCCCCCAAAAAGAUUAGCAACUACAUAUGGGUUGGGAGCAGCACUUUUCUCACUUGAUUUGAAAUAUGACUGUAUUCAAGCUAGACCAUUGGGAAUAAAAAAAUAUGAACGUGUCAA